AUGCUAAGUUCUAGGGACCUAUUUGUAAGUUUUCUAAAAAUAUCUAUUGCUGCUAGCUCUGUCUCUCUCUCUCUCUCAAUAUCUUCACUCCUGAAAAGGUUUCAGUCAUUUCUUGCUAUUUGUUGGGCCUCCUGAGAACCCAAGCCCAUUCCAUGGAAGCCCAACUUUAUCUCCCGCCAAGCAAAGAAUAGGCGCCACCUACAUCGGGUCGGGUCGGGUUCAUCUAUCACAUAUAUGAACGUAUAUGUAUUUUUGUGGGUCUGUUCGGUGUUUGGUUUCGUAGAAAAAAGCUGAAACCUUGCAGUUUGUGGAAAAGAAUGGAAAAGGAGAAAGAUUGUCAGCUUUUAACGCCACCACCAAAACGACAGUCAAUUAAAACGCAGUCGCAUUUUAAUACAUACCCUCUUUGGAAAGACAAGCUGAGGGAAAAUUGUUACAAAAGGGUUAGAGAAGACAGGAAUCGCUUGCUCUGGAAAAUGAGGUUACCUACUCCUAAUAAAUCUAUUACUGACAAGGAUUUUAUCAAAUCUGCUUUCCAGAACAUAGUUUCUGACGAACUGAAGAAAAUGAGGCACUCGUCAUUAGAUGCUGAUUUGAAGAUUCCAACUUCUGCCCCCGAUCCAAGUGAUAUAUUAUGGGAAUAUGAUGGCCUUCAUGAUGCUUAUCAAGGCGAAUGUGAAGACAUGUUGGAGAUGCAGAGGAUCUUCAAUGAAGAUCUCAGGGCAGAACCAACUAGAAAAGAACCUGAAAACGACAUUGAAAUCUGGGAGGAUGAAGAAGAUGAAUACCUGGCUCGUGCUGUUUUUGAGAACAUGCGAUUGAAUGAUAAGCUGGUGCACAAGGAGACCUGGUGUCCUAUCUGUAAGCAAGGACAAUUGCAAGAGAACUACCAACUUAUAUAUUUUAGUCUUUGUGAAUUACAACUCAGUAAAGGCGAUGAGGUUAUACUAUUGCCACUUUGUUCUAUGCGAUUUCUUUUUCUUGCACACAAUAUAUUGUCUCUGCUAUUUAUCUCUUUGGCUGUCCAAGCAACAUAUGAAGAAAGAAUACAUUUUUGAAUGCAUCUCAUUCUGCUUAUAAAUUGAGGGGUUUGCUAGUGCCAAGAACUAAUUUUUGGCCCAUUGUUGGCAAAAGGAAGUUGGUACUUUUAUUGUCAAAUUUAUGCUAUCUGGUUAUGGAUGAUUUUAACUUCUCUGACUCCCUCACUAAAUUUCUAAAAGAUUAUACUGACAAGUAUAUAGCCUCAAUAAACUUUUCUUCUUCUAGGUGCACUCAAAACCACAUUCCUAACCUAACAUGAAUUAUGAUUAUUUGCAUAAUUAAUUGGAAAAAAGCUCUUAAAGUCAUGAAUAAUUUUUCUUGUAGUUUCUUUCAUAAAUUUAGGAUAUGUUGUGUGUUCAGAAAACUUAAAUUUCUCUUCUUUCUUUUUCUUUUUUGUUUUUCCUAUAUCUUUUUCUUUUUUCUAUAUCCACCUUGUCUGACCCUUGGUUUAGCAGUUCCAAUUGUUUUUUACAUCACAAAAAAAAUGUUUACCAUCUUAACAGUUUGUAGUAUUUUAUGUAAGACUUGGAGAUUGGAAUGUCAAUAUUCAUAUUCACCAUCUUUUCCACAACUCCAAAUGUGUAUUGAAAGAAGCAUAUAUUAACGUAGCUGAACAAGUGAAGUCCUUGGGGAUAUCACCACCAUCACCAUCAAUGCCUCAUCUGUACCUUGGUUUGUUCCUUGCAGGUUAAUUUGGAGACAUUGCAGACUCGACUACCAUCAUUAAUUAUUCUAUUGACUAUAAUUAUUUGAUUCAUAAUAAGUUCACAUAUACUAUUAAUGUCUCCAAAUUUUUUUGCAAAACUUUGGAGAUUGUAAUGUAAUUUCAUUUUAUAGUUGGUCAGAAGAAACAAUAUCUACAUUACAUCAGUGUUAUCAUUCUUCGGGAGGAUUUAAUUUUAUAAUAUACUCCUGGAAGCCAAUUUUCUCAAGUUUUAAUUGAACUGUAAGGUGCUUUGGUUAA